AUGUCGUCUGUUAGAACGCUUGAUGCACAAUCUGUCCACAAAUUAUGCUCAAGUCAAGUCGUUGUUACGCUGGGUAUUGCUAUAAAAGAACUUAUUGAGAAUUCAAUUGAUGCGGAGGCCACGAAAAUCGAGAUAAGACUGAAGAACUAUGGUUCGGAUUCAAUUGAAGUUGUAGAUGACGGUUUAGGCAUAGAUGAGGCCGAUUUUGAAACUCUUGGUAAAAGCCAUAGUACCUCAAAAAUCCAGGAUUUCAAUGACAUUUCAAAAACCAGCUCUUUUGGAUUUCGUGGUGAGGCUAUCUUUUCUCUGUGUCAAGUAGCUGAUGUUACUAUACAUACCAGGACUGAACGGGCAAAAGUCGGUACUCGGUUAGAAUUCACUAAUUCGGGAGGAUUAAAAUCUCGUCGCCCCUUAGCACGCAGUCGAGGCACCACUGUCUGUGUUGAAAGAUUGUUUCACACCCUCCCUGUUCGCAGGCGUUAUCUCACCGAUCGGACUCGUUUGUCGAAGGAAUUUUCUCAAGCCAUUGCUCUCAUCUCGAGUUACUGCCUCAUGGUAACUGGCGUUCAGUUGGUCUGUUAUCGAAUCGAUAGGAAGGGAACAAAAACGUUAGUUGUUUCCAACAUGGAAGGGGAAUUGGUUUCGUCGAAUAUUGCGGCAGUCUAUGGUCAAGCCCAGAGAUUUCAGCUUGAAUCUCUAGUGGAAAUCACCAAUGACUUUGUGGUUACCGAUGAACUUAAGGAGGAAUACAAAGUGAAGCUUUCAGCCGAGGAGUUAGAUGAAAUCAGAAUCUUCGGUUUCAUAUCGAUGCCCCCGAUGGGCAGCACUAACGUUGUCGGCAGGUCCUCUGCAGAUCGACAGUUUGUCAGCAUCAAUGGUCGUCCCUGUGACUUUCCGCAGUUCACUCGUCUCGCCACGGAUGUCUGGCGUCGUUGUUGCCGCGAGUCUCUGUUUUCGAAGUCGCAGUCGCUUGGGAUGCCCUCGCGAAGCACCACAUCCGCUUUCCCGGUCCUUGUUCUCCUCAUUAACUUACCCAGAGCUAAGGUUGACGUGAAUCUGUCACCGGACAAGCGGCAGCUCCUUCUGCACUGGGAGCGCGCUGUGGUGAUGAAACUGAAGGCCGCUCUCACUGCCACACUGGUCCGCGUCGACGGGGAGCAGAGCAUCGCCAACCUCCCCGUCUCCUCGUCGACGGCGGCGGCGGUGGCAACGGCAUCGGAGGCAGCCGUGGGACUUACCCAACAGCCCCCCAUCUCAGCUCACCUCCCUCCACAACCUGAGUCUUCAUCCCAGAACGGCAAAAAACCGCGACUUUCCACGCCCUCUUCGAGUCCGAUUGCCUCUCAGAAGCCUGUCUUCUCCAGCGACUCGGCGAGACGAAACUACAACAGGCAUUUGCCUCUGCUCAACCGUGAAAGCGUUCGCGUGGAAUUCUCUGUGGGACGUCUGCUGAAGUACUGGGCGGCAAGGGGUAGCUCAGAUGUACUGGUGGAAACUCCUUCGACUGGUGAGUUUCACGCGAAUCUGACGGAGUCAGCGGCUCAGUCGGAACUGACUUCAAUUUUUCGAAAGGAAUGGUUCAGGGAUAUGCGUGUGAUCGGGCAAUUUAACAAGGGCUUCAUUGUGUGCCAACAUGAAGAGGACCUUUUCAUUGUUGACCAGCACGCCAGUGACGAGAAACAUCGCUUCGAGAACCUUUGCGCCAACCACCAGUUCACCAGCCAACCCCUCGUUGUACCGCAACGACUCGUUCUAAACGCAGUGCAGGAACACUUACUGGAGGAAAACAUGGAUGUCUUCUCUGAAUCGGGAUUUAUCUUUUCUACCGAUGAAAACGCCCCUCUCGGCCAACGCUUUCACCUCAUCUCGGCGCCUAUGAGUGAGGGCAAAGUUUUUGGCCUUGCAGACAUUGAAGAGAUGCUUUUCGUGCUGUCUGAGAGUCUGUCCCGAAAUUGUCGUCCCUCUCGACUACGUGACAUGUUGGCCUCUCGUGCCUGUCGGAGCGCCGUCAUGAUCGGCACCGUUCUUGACCACAAGCAGAUGGCUCGAAUUGUGUCCAACAUGAGUACAAUGGAGCAUCCUUGGAAUUGUCCCCACGGGAGGCCAACGAUGCGGCAUCUCUUUCAUCUUGGCAGAUUGCGUCAGUUGGAGCAAAGAUAG